AUGCCGUCAAAAAAACUUACCAUGUCUAAUAAAAAUCUAUCUAACAAAUGUUUAUCACCAGCGACAUUAGCAAUUGUCAUGGAUGAUGAAAUAGAUAGUGAUUCAUUUGAUGAAGAUUUCAAUAGUCAAAUAAGACAUUCAAAAUUUGGUACAACAGAUGAUGAACAUAUGACACAUCGACAAUUGAAAGACAAUAUAAUGAAAAAUUCAAAAUCUCAUCGAUUAAUUGAAAAACGUCGUCGAGAUCGAAUGAAUCGUAGUCUUGAUGUUUUAUUAAAUUUAAUACCUCAUAAAAAACCUGAAAAUCAACGUCGUAUUGAAAAAACUGAAAUUGUUGAAAUGGCAGUUAAAUAUAUUCGUUGUUUAUUAUCAUCAAAUCAAAAAACAUUUGAACCAUUUAGUUUUGAUAAAAAAUCAAAUUUAAAACUUGAUGCAUAUCGUUCUGGAUAUUACAAUGCAAUUUGUGAUACAUAUGAACAUAUAGAAAAACAUACAAAUGAUAAACAACUUCUGACUGAUGUAUUUCAAUAUAUUAAAGAAAAAGAAAUUGAAUUAAAAGAUAUAACCGUUAUACGUGAUAGAAAAUACGAUUUAAAACAUCAAAUAUCAUCAUCAAUAAACUGUGAUAAAUCAAAUUCACAUGAAAAUCUAUUUUCUAUAUCUGACAUAAGCAAAUCAGAAAAAGAUAAUCAUACAUUUCAAAAUUCUAUAGAUGCACAAAAUACUUCAAAUCAACAAACAAAAGUGCCAAUAUUUGCUUUACAUCCAUCUGGUACACAUUAUAUACCCAUGUGUAUUGAUUCAUCAAUUGUUUUAAAUGUCUUCAAUAAUAAAUCGAAUCUCUGUCAAACAUCAUCCAUAAAUGAACAACUUCAUUGUCAUCCGGUAUCAAUACCUGUAAAUUUUAAUCCAAUGUCAGCUUUAUCAGAUCAAUAUGAACUUGAUAUUCAAAAUAUAAAUGUUAUCGGUACUAGACAUCAAACAAGUGUAAAACCUAGUUGA